AUGGAGCCGUGGUCCUCCAGGUGGAAAACGAAACGGUGGCUGUGGGAUUUCACCCUGACAACCCUCGUCGUGACGCUCCUGUUCCCAGCCCGCGAGGUUAGAGGAGCUGCUCCAGUUGAUGUACUAAAAGCACUAGAUUUUCACAAAUCUCCAGAGGGAAUAACAAAAACAACAGGAUUCUGCACAAACAGAAAGAAUUCAAAAGGGUCAGAUACUGCUUACAGAGUUUCAAAGCUAGCACAAAUCAGUGCCCCAACCAAACAACUCUUUCCAGGAAAUUUCCCUGAAGAUUUCUCAAUAUUAUUCACAGUAAAACCCAAAAAAGGAAUUCAAUCUUUCCUUUUAUCUAUCUAUAAUGAACAUGGUAUUCAGCAAGUUGGUGUUGAGGUUGGAAGAUCACCUGUUUUUCUGUUUGAAGACCACACUGGAAAACCCGCCCCAGAAGACUAUCCCCUCUUUAGAACUGUUAAUAUUGCUGAUGGAAAGUGGCAUCGAGUAGCAAUCAGCGUGGAGAAGAAAACUGUGACGAUGAUUGUGGAUUGUAAGAAGAAAACCACAAAACCACUCGACAGAAGCGAGAGAUCGAUUGUGGAUACCAAUGGGAUUACCGUGUUUGGAACAAGGAUUUUGGAUGAAGAAGUUUUUGAGGGUGACAUUCAGCAGUUCCUGAUCUCUAGCGAUCCCAAGGCCGCAUAUGACUACUGUGAGCACUACAGUCCUGACUGUGACUCCACCGCACCCAAAGCUGCGCAGGCUCAGGAGCCUCAGAUCGACGAGAAAAAGAAAUCCAAUUUCAAAAAGAAGACAAGGACAGUGACUACUUCCUCAAAGAAAACCAAAAAGUUUACACCCCCCAAAUCUGAAAAAUUUGCAUCCAAGAAGAAGAAAAGUUAUCAAGCACCAGCAAAAGCCAAGCUAGGGGUAAAGGCCAAUAUUGUAGAGGAUUUCCAAGAGUAUAACUAUGGAACAAUGGAAAGUUACCAGACAGAAACUCCUGUUCCUGUGUCUGGCACGAAUGAGCCAUAUCCUGUUGAAGAAGGUUUUACUGAAGAAUAUCUUACUGGAGAGGAUUAUGACCCUCAGAGGAAAAAUUCCGAGGAUACACUAUAUGAAAACAAAGAAAUAGACGGCAGGGACUCUGACCUUCCGGUAGAUGGAGAUUUAGGCGAAUAUGAUUUUUAUGACUAUGAAGAUAAACCAACCAGCCCCUCUAUUGAAGAAUUUGGGCCAGGCGUACCAGCAGAAACUGAUUUCACAGAGACAAGUAUAAAUGGCCAUGGUGCCUAUGGAGAAAAAGGACAGAAGGGUGAACCGGCUGUGGUGGAACCUGGAAUGCUUGUUGAAGGACCCCCUGGACCAGCAGGACCUGCAGGCCUUAUGGGUCCCCCAGGCCUACAGGGUCCUUCUGGACCCCCCGGUGACCCUGGUGAUAGGGGCCCCCCCGGACGCCCUGGCUUACCAGGGGCUGAUGGCCUGCCUGGCCCUCCUGGUACUAUGCUGAUGUUACCGUUCCGUUAUGGUGGUGAUGGUUCCAAAGGACCAACCAUCUCUGCUCAGGAAGCACAAGCCCAGGCCAUUCUGCAGCAGGCUCGGAUUGCACUAAGAGGUCCACCAGGCCCAAUGGGUCUCACUGGAAGGCCCGGUCCUGUGGGGGGCCCUGGUUCUGCGGGGGCCAAAGGUGAGAGUGGUGACCCAGGUCCUCAGGGUCCUCGAGGUGUUCAAGGUCCACCUGGUCCGACAGGAAAACCCGGAAAAAGGGGACGCCCAGGUGCUGAUGGAGGAAGAGGAAUGCCUGGAGAACCUGGGUCAAAGGGAGAUCGAGGGUUUGAUGGCCUACCUGGUCUGCCAGGGGACAAAGGUCACAGGGGUGAACGCGGUCCCCAAGGCCCUCCAGGCCUUCCAGGCGAUGAUGGAAUGAGGGGAGAAGAUGGAGAAAUAGGGCCACGUGGUCUUCCAGGUGAAGCUGGCCCACGAGGUUUGCUGGGACCACGAGGAACCCCAGGCCCUACAGGGCAACCUGGUAUUGCAGGCAUAGAUGGCCCCCCAGGACCCAAAGGUAACAUGGGUCCCCAAGGAGAGCCAGGACCUCCUGGCCAGCAAGGAAAUCCAGGACCUCAAGGUCUUCCUGGUCCUCAAGGUCCAAUUGGUCCUCCUGGUGAAAAAGGACCACAAGGAAAACCAGGACUUGCUGGACUUCCUGGUGCUGAUGGGCCUCCUGGUCAUCCAGGAAAAGAAGGCCAGUCUGGGGAAAAGGGUGCUCUGGGUCCUCCUGGUCCCCAAGGUCCUAUUGGCUACCCUGGUCCCCGAGGAGUGAAGGGAGCGGAUGGCGUUAGAGGUCUCAAGGGAUCUAAAGGCGAAAAGGGUGAAGAUGGCUUUCCAGGAUUCAAAGGUGACAUGGGUCUCAAAGGUGACAGAGGAGAAGUUGGUCAACUAGGCCCAAGAGGAGAAGAUGGUCCUGAAGGCCCCAAAGGUCGUGCAGGGCCAACUGGAGACCCUGGUCCCUCUGGUCAGGCAGGAGAGAAGGGAAAACUUGGAGUUCCAGGAUUACCAGGAUAUCCAGGAAGACAAGGUCCAAAGGGUUCCACUGGAUUUCCCGGAUUUCCAGGUGCCAACGGGGAGAAAGGUGCACGGGGAGUAGCUGGGAAACCAGGCCCUCGCGGUCAGCGUGGUCCAACGGGUCCUCGAGGUUCGAGGGGAGCCAGAGGCCCCACUGGGAAGCCGGGCCUAAAGGGCACUUCUGGUGGAGAUGGCCCUCCAGGCCCUCCUGGUGAAAGGGGCCCUCAAGGACCUCAGGGUCCAGUCGGAUUCCCAGGACCCAAAGGCCCCCCUGGGCCCCCUGGGAAAGAUGGGCUUCCAGGACACCCUGGGCAACGUGGGGAAACUGGAUUUCAAGGCAAGACAGGUCCCCCUGGACCAGGAGGUGUGGUUGGACCACAGGGACCAACGGGUGAGACUGGUCCAAUAGGUGAACGUGGACAUCCUGGACCUCCUGGACCACCUGGAGAGCAAGGUCUUCCUGGUGCUGCAGGAAAAGAAGGUGCCAAGGGUGACCCAGGUCCUCAAGGUAUCUCAGGAAAAGAUGGACCAGCAGGGUUACGCGGUUUCCCAGGUGAAAGAGGUCUUCCUGGAGCUCAGGGUGCACCUGGACUGAAGGGAGGAGAAGGCCCCCAGGGCCCACCAGGUCCAGUUGGCUCACCUGGAGAACGUGGAUCAGCAGGCACCGCAGGACCCAUUGGGUUGCCUGGGAGACCGGGACCCCAAGGCCCCCCAGGCCCAGCUGGAGAAAAAGGUGCACCAGGAGAGAAAGGUCCUCAAGGCCCUGCAGGAAGAGAUGGGGUCCAAGGCCCUGUGGGUCUCCCUGGGCCAGCUGGUCCUGCUGGCUCCCCGGGAGAAGAUGGAGAUAAGGGUGAAAUUGGUGAACCGGGACAGAAAGGCAGCAAGGGUGACAAAGGAGAGAAUGGCCCACCUGGUCCCCCAGGGCUUCAAGGACCUGUUGGAGCCCCUGGAAUUGCUGGAGGUGAUGGCGAACCAGGUCCUAGAGGACAGCAGGGCAUGUUCGGACAAAAGGGUGAUGAGGGAGCACGAGGUUUCCCAGGUCCCCCUGGUCCCAUAGGCCUUCAGGGUCUCCCAGGCCCACCUGGUGAGAAAGGAGAAAAUGGUGACGUUGGCCCCAUGGGUCCACCUGGUCCUCCUGGCCCCAGAGGCCCUCAAGGCCCUAAUGGAGCUGAUGGACCACAAGGACCUUCAGGAUCUGUUGGCUCAGUUGGUGGUGUUGGGCAAAAGGGUGAACCUGGAGAAGCAGGAAACCCCGGACCUCCUGGUGAAGCAGGUUCUGGUGGUCCGAAAGGAGAAAGAGGAGAAAAGGGAGAAGCUGGCCCACCGGGUGCUGCUGGACCUCCAGGUGCUAAAGGGCCACCGGGUGACGAUGGUCCUAAGGGAAACCCGGGUCCUGUUGGUUUUCCUGGAGACCCCGGCCCUCCUGGGGAGCCCGGCCCUGCAGGUCAAGACGGUGUUGGAGGUGAUAAGGGAGAAGAUGGAGACCCCGGACAGCCGGGUCCUCCUGGUCCAUCUGGUGAGGCUGGCCCACCAGGUCCUCCUGGAAAAAGAGGUCCUCCUGGUACUACAGGUGCAGAGGGACGGCAAGGAGAAAAAGGUGCUAAGGGAGAGGCAGGUGCUGAAGGUCCCCCUGGGAAAACUGGUCCUGUGGGUCCUCAAGGCCCUUCUGGAAAGCCUGGUCCUGAAGGUCUUCGUGGCAUCCCUGGGCCCGUGGGAGAACAAGGUCUUCCAGGAGCUGCAGGUCAAGAUGGACCUCCAGGCCCAAUUGGGCCUCCUGGUUUACCUGGCCUCAAAGGUGACCCUGGCUCCAAAGGAGAAAAGGGACAUCCUGGUUUAAUUGGCCUGAUUGGUCCUCCAGGGGAACAAGGAGAAAAGGGUGACAGGGGUCUCCCUGGUACUCAGGGAUCUCCAGGAGCAAAGGGAGAUGGGGGAAUUCCAGGCCCUGCUGGCCCCAUAGGCCCCCCUGGCCCUCCAGGAUUACCAGGUCCUCAAGGCCCCAAGGGUAACAAAGGCUCUUCCGGACCUGCAGGCCAGAAGGGUGACAGUGGCCUUCCUGGACCGCCUGGACCUCCGGGUCCACCUGGUGAAGUCAUUCAACCUUUACCAAUCCUGUCACCCAAGAAAACAAGAAGACAUACUGAGAGUGUGCAGGCAGAUGCAGUGGAUAACAUUCUUGACUACUCAGAUGGAAUGGAGGAGAUAUUUGGUUCCCUCAGUUCUCUGAAGCAAGACAUUGAGCACAUGAAAUUUCCAAUGGGCACUCAGAGCAAUCCAGCUCGGACAUGCAAAGAUCUGCAACUCAGCCAUCCUGACUUCCCAGAUGGUGAAUAUUGGAUUGAUCCAAAUCAAGGUUGUUCAGGAGAUUCCUUCAAAGUUUACUGUAAUUUCACAUCUGGUGGUGAGACUUGCAUUUAUCCGGACAAAAAGUCUGAGGGAGUAAGAAUUUCCUCGUGGCCAAAAGAGAAACCAGGAAGUUGGUUUAGUGAAUUUAAAAGAGGAAAACUGCUUUCGUAUUUAGAUGUUGAAGGCAAUUCUAUUAAUAUGGUGCAAAUGACAUUCCUGAAACUUCUGACGGCCUCUGCACGGCAGAACUUCACCUACAAUUGUCAUCAGUCAGCUGCCUGGUACGAUGCAUCCUCGGGAAGCUAUGACAAAGCGCUUCGGUUCCUGGGGUCCAAUGAUGAGGAGAUGUCCUAUGAGAACAGCCCCUACAUCAAGGCUCUGUAUGACGGCUGCGCGUCCCGAAAAGGCUAUGAGAAGACUGUGAUUGAAAUCAAUACACCGAAAAUUGAUCAAGUACCUGUCAUUGAUGUCAUGAUCAAUGAUUUUGGUGAUCAGAAUCAGAAGUUUGGAUUUGAAGUUGGUCCAGUUUGUUUCCUUGGCUAAGACUAAACAAAGAACACACAAAAUCAACAGAAAAUAUGCCUUGAUGCCACCAAACCAAUUUAUGCCACAUGCAAACUUUGAGUAAGGAUGGUAUAGAAUACAAUUUGGUAUACAUACAUGUACCAAUUAGGAAAUACUGAUCACCCCAAGAAAGCUUUGGUAAUCAAAAAGAUAUGAGCUAAGGUGGCUGGCAUUGAGACAAGGCUAAAUCUUGAUUCUUGACCUUCAUCUCUCCUUUCCCUAUUUGGAUUUCUUUGGUGCUGUAGAAAAAAAAGAGAG